UAGGGAGCAUGCAGGGAGCAUGUACUUGGCUUUGUGUCCUUGGCUCCUCUAGACUCACAUGUGCGGGCACCAUAUACUUCUGCUGCCCUUGUGCUCCAAUCACUGCACAAACAGAAACAGCUCCGACAGGGAAGGGACUGCUGGAGUUAGGAACCCUAGGGCCUGGAAGGAAGCUAUGGCUCUCAAAGCGACCUGGGGUCUAUUCUGUCCCCUCUGAACCUGUUUCCCUGGCAACACUGUGGGAACAACAGUCCAUGCAACACAGAACACCUGAUGCCAUCUGGUGUCCUCCAAAUUUUCAGGUGAAGGCAGGGAUUGUGAAUGAUGCAGGGAUGGUCAGAAUGAUUUCUGCCUUCGUUCCUUUCCCAGGGGAACCAAGCCUGUGGGUGGGGAAAUCACACUAAGACUGGACAGUGACUGAAUCUGGCCCAGGAGAACCUUGGCUGCCUGCCUUCCAGGCCAGGGUCUUUCUUCCGUGAGAUUCUGGAGGGGAAGUACCUGGAACUCAGGAGUGUUGCCCUGGUCUGGAAGAUCCGAUAGACAUAGUAUGCACCCAUUUCCCUCGAGCUACUGGUGACUGGGGAACAGAUGAGAACCCUGGGUGGGUGGCUGGUUUCUUGAGGCACACAUACACCUGACACACCUUACACCUCUAACUUGGGUGCAUUUUGGAAUCAUCUGGGAAGUUUUAAACAAUACUGAUGCCUAGGUCCAACCUCCAGAGAUUCUGAUUUAAUUGGUAUGGGGUGGGGUUUUGCAGUUUUGAAACCACAAUAUCCAACAAAGUUUGAGAACCAGUGCCCUAAACAGCCCUCCUUCUUCCUUAUCUUAUCUGAAGGCAGGGGGCACCUUCAGCUUCUCCAGUCACCUGGCCAGUGGCUCUUGCUUCCAGUCCUGCUGUCCCAGGGUGGCUAGGCCUUCAGGCGGAGACCCAGGAAUCCAGCUAGACUCUGUCCCAGGCAGCCUCUACAGUCCGGGACGGGACAGGAAGUGUCCGGCGGAGGUGGGGGUGGAGGUGAUUGGCAGUUGGAGUCUCCAAUGGGCCAGGAGCCCCCCUAUUUCACCCCUCUCCUUCCAUUGGUGCCUGGGCGGAGCCGCCCCCACUGCGGGGGCGCAGGGCGGGAGGGAGUAGAGGCCGGGGCAGAGGGCGAGGGCAGAGGGCGCUGGCGGCAGCGGCCGCGGAAGGGCCUCCCUUCCCCUGGAAGCACAGCCAGUUGUGCCCCAAGGAAACAUUUGGUGAGGAAUGAAAAGAGGAUGAACAGCAGUUGCUCAGGGCUGAGCAGGGUCCUGGUGGCCGUGGCUACAGCCCUGGUGUCUGCCUCCUCCCCCUGCCCCCAGGCCUGGGGCCCCCCAGGGGUCCAGUAUGGGCAGCUGGGCAGGUCCGUGAAGCUGUGUUGUCCUGGAGUAAUUGCUGGGGACCCAGUGUCCUGGUUUCGGGACGGGGAGCCAAGGCUGCUCCAGGGACCUGACUCUGGGCUAGGGCAUGAACUGGUCCUGGCCCAGGCAGACAGCACUGAUGAGGGUACCUACAUCUGCCGGACCCUGGAUGGUACCCUUGGGGGCACAGUGAUCCUGCAGCUGGGCUACCCCCCAGCCCGCCCUGUUGUCUCCUGCCAAGCAGCCGACUAUGAGAACUUCUCUUGCACUUGGAGUCCCAGUCAGAUCAGUGGUUUACCCACCCGCUACCUCACCUCCUACAGGAAGAAGACAGUCCUAGGAGCUGAUAGUCAGAGGAAGAGUCCAUCUCCAGGGCCCUGGCCAUGUCCACAGGACCCCCUAGGGGCUGCCCGCUGUGUGGUCCAUGGGGCUGAGUUCUGGAGCCAGUACCGGAUUAAUGUGACUGAGAUGAACCCACUGGGUGCCAGCACACGCCUGCUGGAUGUGAGCUUGCAGAGCAUCUUGCGCCCUGACCCACCCCAGGGCCUGCGGGUAGAGUCGGUACCAGGUUAUCCCCGACGCCUGCGAGCCAGCUGGACAUACCCUGCCUCCUGGCCCCGCCAGCCUCACUUCCUGCUCAAGUUCCGGCUGCAGUACCGUCCGGCGCAACAUCCAGCCUGGUCCAUGGUGGAGCCAGCUGGACUGGAGGAGGUGAUCACAGAUGCUGUGGCUGGGCUGCCCCAUGCUGUACGAGUCAGUGCCCGGGACUUUCUGGAUGCUGGCACCUGGAGCACCUGGAGCCCUGAGGCAUGGGGAACUCCGAGCACUGGGACUAUACCAAAGGAGGUACCAGCUGGGGACCAGCUACAUACACAGCCAGAGGUGGAGCCUCAGGAGGACAGCCCUGCUCCUCCAAGACCCUCCUUUCAGCCACAUCCUCAGCUACUUGAUCACAGGGACUCUAUGGAGCAGGUAGCUGUGCUGGCGUCUUUGGGAGUCCUUUCUUUCCUAGGACUGGUGGCUGGGGCCCUGGCACUGGGGCUCUGGCUGAGGCUGAGACAAAGCGGGAAGGAUGGAUCCCCGAAGCCUGGGUUCUUGGCCCCAAUGAUUCCAGUGGACAGGCGUCCAGGAGUUCCAAACCUGUAGAGGACCCAGGAGGGUUUCGGCGGAUUCCACCUAUAAUUCUGUCUUGCUGGUGUGGAUGGAUGGACAGAUAGAACCCAGGCAGAACAGUAGAUCCCUAUGGCUGGGGAAUCAGCUGGAAGUUCUGUUUGGAACCCAUUUCUUUGAGAUCCUAUAUUUCAAAUUUGCCAGCUGGAAGGUGCCUGUACCUCUAAUUUCACCCCAGAGUUGGAGUUCUGCUCAAGGAACGUGUGUAAUGUAUACGUCUGUGUCCAUGUGUGACCAUGUGUCUGUGAGGCAGGGAACAUGUAUUCUCUGCAUGCAUGUAUGUAGGUGCCUGGGGAGUGUGUGUGGGUCCUUGGCUCUCGGCCUUUCCCAUUUCAGGGAUUGUGCAGGUGUGAAUAAAGAGAAUAAGGAAGUUCUCGGAGAUUAUA